AUGGCAAAGAAAAAGCAGAUGUCUGUUAACGCUGUGAUGACCAAAAAGAUAGUCGUGACCUUCACUGGUGCUGCUGGUGUAGGAAAGACUCAGAUGUUAAAUGUGAUAACACGGGGCACUUUCACAACCAUAUAUGAACCGACUGUACAAGAACAAUUUAAUAUGCGAACAGUGUAUGGGGGUCAAAUAUAUAGUUUAACACUCAUCGAUACAAGUGGAACAUCAGACUAUGCCAAAUUAACUUCAGUUGCUAUGUCAAGUAGUGACUGUGUAGUUAUCUGUUACUGCCCUUACAUCCCUCGUUCAUUCGAUCGAGUGAUUGAAGCAGCAAAAGAGGCUCGAACCAUCUCCCCUGACAUCCCCGUCAUCAUCAUUGCAACCAAAAUCGACUUGAAAGACGACAAAGAAACACUGAGCAAACUCGGCAAACAAAAAAUAAGAUCACAGAAAGAAGUCAAGGCGGAGUUGAAAAAGACUAAGAUCUCAGCUUAUCUCGAAACGUCAGUAAUGCUCAAUUUGGACACUAAAACCAUCCUCGAAGAAAUCAUUAAAGCAACUACCAAGUCCUCAAUUUGGAAGAAGAAGCAGUCCUAA